AUGGCCUCCUCAUUCACGGCCUGGCUGCGGUCUCCCGCUGCGCGGGAGUAUUUCAUGUCCACGCACUUCUGGGGUCCUGUGGCGAACUGGACGCUGCCGCUCGCUGCGAUUGCGGACUUGAAGAAGGAUCCGUCGAUGAUCUCGACGACCAUGACCCCCACCCUCUUCCUCUACUCGUGCGUCUUUAUGCGCUUUGCAGUGCGUGUGCAGCCGCGAAACAUGCUUCUGUUUGCGUGUCACUUUGUGAAUGCUGCUGCGCAAGGCACACAGAUCGUGCGCCUCGUGAAAUACAAAAACGAGCGCAACGAGCUGCCGUGGUCGAAGCAGACGGUGGCCAGUGCAUAA